AACGCUCACUCAAACACUAAGAUAUGAUUUCUUGCCCCAGACAAACGCAAUUUCCUGAUCGGCCACAGUCCCUGCGAGCCACGUCAAGACGCGCACUCACGCCGUGCUGCCAGUUUCCGCCGGAGGACACGGAGCCGCUCCAGGCUUCAAUUACUUGCGCAGUCCUGCCGUGAAUCACACAUCACCACGGCAACCGGCGUUCACACCGAGUCCCCGUCAGCAUCGGUGAGAUCUGAGCCCAUCCACAGGCGACCGGAGAGCCCACGGAACCACAGGUCAUCAAGAGGAUUUGUCACAUUUGCUUAUAAAAAUCAGACUGACCUGAGCAUUCGGUCCCUGAUUUCACGAUCCAUCCAAGCAUUUUCAGGCAGUCGAGCAGCUAUGGUGAAGCUGGGCAGCAAUUUGUCCGAUAAGCUGGAGAAGCAGCCUUCUGCGGACGAUGGCUUUGAUAACAUCCCCCUCAUCACACCCCUGGAGGUCAAACAGCUCCACCAGCCAUUUGCAGAGAAGGUCAUUGUGAAGACAUCAACACAGUACCAGCUGCAGCAGAAGAAAAGGAGCAAGCUGUACAUCCCCAACAUUAAGAAGCUGAAUAUCAACUUCUACAGCGAUGUCUCAGACAAAGCCAAGAUUACAGGUCUGAUCCUCAUCACUUUGGCCUUCUUGACCAGUUUGCUCCUCCUGCUCAUGUACAAAGCUAUGUGGUACGACCAGCUUACCUGCCCAGAGGGUUUCAUCCUCAAGAAGCACUGCACCCCUGCAGCUCUGGAGAUGUAUUACACAGAGCAGCAGCAGCAGGAGCCGGAGCCGGGAGUCCACGGCAGCACCGGGCUGUACGCCGCCCUCACCCACCUCAACCAGCUCAAGAGGACUGGGCCUGAGCUGCCAUCGCCAUGGUUACCAGUCAUCGGCGCUCUGAAAGAGGCUGAGGUGGCCAAACAAGGCAGCGAGGAGGGAGAGGAGUGAAGGAGCUAAUGGAAAUGUAGGUGUUAGUGGAGAAAAAUUAUUACGGGCACAUAGUUUAUGUUUUAUUUUUUGUUUUUUUGUUUUUUUUUUGUCAGGGUGCGUGUGUUCAAGAUGUUGUUUCUUCCCCCCUGGCAGCAGUCCAUUGAGUCACUUGCUUAUACUGGUGCUCCAAAACACUUAAAGGUGUCUGAAUAUAAACUGACAUUUGAAAAUCGAGAAUGUAUGCGUGUGGUGAGUUGUUGCGGUUAGAGGCCGGAAUGUGUUUGACUUUUACAGCAUUACUAGUCAUGACUAAAGUCGGCCAUCUGCAUCCUGUGCGUGUGUACGCUCAUGUAAAUACUGUACACUGUAAAUGCUAACUUGUAUAUGAGCACAUAUGUACCGUAUGCACAUCUAUUUGCGCUCAUGUGCAGCAUGUGUGUGUGUGCAUGCCCACACUGUAUACAUGUGUAUUUGACGGAGCGAGUUGGAGGUGAGAGAAGGGAAGCGAGGCGAGAACUCGGAAUGAACAGUGAAGAUGACAAGAUUUUAAUUUGAAUAACUGCUGCGAGUUCUCACCUUGUUGUCUCACCGUCUAUUCAUGUAGAGCAGAAUGUAUGAAAUCAUUAGUGAAUGUGCUCGCUGUUAAUUAUCCGCAGACUUUGAGAUGCAGUUUGGUAAAAAGCCACAGAGGAAGGCGAGUUGCACUCUGGGUACUUUGGAAAGGAUUGGGUUGUUUUGUGUAGAAUUUAUUUCCAGAAAAAAUCAGUGUUAAAUUAAAUCGAUAGCACAAGUAAAGAGACCUGGAUAGUUUCCGAGCCCAGAAUGACUUCGUCUUCAGCUACGUUACGAUGUGAGCGUCAUGCUGUAAUAAUAAACUGAAUCUCAGUCAUUUCAGUAGAGCUAUGUGUUCAUGUAAGUAAGCUAUUGGUAGACGCUAGCCAGAUUUUUUACCAUCCUAGUUUUUAGGUUGCGUUUUUUGUUAUUAAUUUAGCUUUUAAUUUAUGUUGCUGUGAGCGUUGUGUAAUGAUGACCACGUACAGUGUUAGAAUCACAGGGCUGACUCAUCUUGAUGCAUAUAUGAAUGUAUGACAUAGCUGCUGUUCAUAAUUAAUGCUGAUGCUGUUUCACCUUAAAACUUCUGUAGUGUUUGCAGUUUAUAUUUAUUUAAUUAACAGAGUAUUUAUCUAUACGUUAUUUGAUGUCUUUUUAAUGGAAGGUUUGUGUUUGAAUUGUAAAGAUGAGAAAUUAUUUUCAGAUCUGCCAUACACCCCCAACAAUGUGAAGUGCGUUGUUUUUUACAAUUAGAAAUAAUCCACAAUUACCCGA